CACAAGGAGGGACAACCAAAAACGGGGACGAUAAAAAGCUCUGUAGAUCAAACAUGAAUGUGGCAACAGUCUCUCUACUUCUGAUGGUAAGCUUGUUUGAAAUUAAAGCAGCACCAUUCACUCAACUCAAAUGUUUUCAGUUUCGCUACAAAUUGGGACAGCAGCAAUGUGAACCAGAAAGGGGCUUCAAAGGUGAUUUAGUACCAUGCUACAACUUAUGUAACAACAAAUUGGUUAAAUUUGAAGAUUGCAAUAAACAUCCUGAUAAUAUGCAUUGCUGCGUUCACGACUGCAGAUGUGUCAUGAAAGGAGCCGGAUUUGUUGAAAUCCCUCAAAACUAUACACUUUCUAUCGACGAUGAAAAGUUAUCGCAUUGGAUAAAGACCGAAGUAGAAGAAGGAUGUGAACCAGAAAAGAAAUAUCCUAUUUCCGGAAAGAUUAGAGAAUUUGAAAGUACCAAAACAAUUCUGAAAUUACCUACCAACCAAGAUAAAGAUUUGACAAUCCAGGAAACAGAUUUAGUUAAAAGUUCAGUUAAGGCGGGCCCAGAAACUACUGUAGCAAGCAAAACAAACGCCGAGACAACUGAACAAAAGGGAAAGAAGGCACCUGCAACUAAAUGUGUUCCAAAAAAUCACUUUGUAUCGCAAUUUGCAAAUAAAAUGAACGGAAUAUUCGAGCAGAUGGGUAUGAGAUGGGUAAUGGACGUCGAGGAUGGCUGUAACUAA